AUGCCCCUCACAAUCAAUUCUGUCAAAGGCAAAUCCGCCAUAGUGACCGGAGCUGGCUCUGGGAUCAACCUGAGCUUCGCGAAAUUGUUGGUGGAAAACGGAUGCAAUGUCCUGAUCGCCGACUUGGCCUUGCGCCCCGAAGCGCAAGUACUAGCCGAUAAAUACAAGAAAGGGCCUGGGCGGAUUGUGUUCCAAGAGACCAACGUGAUUCACUGGAUCCAGCUUGAGCGGAUGUUUGAAGUCGCAGAAAAGGAAUUCGGAUCCAUUGACAUUGUGUGCCCAGGGGCUGGAGUCUACGAGCCGUAUUGGUCCAAUUUCUGGCACCCACCUGGUUCGGAGAAAAGCAAGGAUUUGCCUGGGAGUGGCCGAUAUGCUUUAGUCGACAUCAAUGUCACUCACCCGAUCCGAACUACGCAGCUCGCUAUUGCGUAUUUCCUCAAGCAUCGUGACAGCAACCGCCCCAAGCACAUCGUUCACAUCUCCAGCAUCGCGGGCCAGAAUGCCAACCUCACAGCGCCUAUCUACUGCGCCACCAAACAUGCCAUCAAUGGCCUGGUGCGAUCGCUUAGUCCUCUCGAUCAGAGGCUGGGGAUCCGAGUGACCGCCGUAGCUCCAGGUGUCAUCAAAACACCACUCUGGACUGACAAUCCCGAGAAAACGCGCUUGGUUGAUGCGAAAACCGAUGUGUGGGUGACUCCCGAAGAAGUAGCGGAGGUGAUGUUGGCACUUGUCCAGCAAAACGAGGUGAGCGAGGUCAUUGGGGACCGGUCGGGUCGGGGACCAUUAUACAAGGUAUCGGGCGGAACAAUUUUGGAAUGCUCCAAGACUGUUCGAGCUGUGGGUCAAUUUAAUGACCCCGGCCCUGGGGAUCGACCUGGCAAUACUGCUUCUGUGCAUCGCCUUGCGGAGGAAGAGAGCUAUCAAGACAUGGGGCGAACGGGGUGGGGCUUGCCAAAGCUGUAG